CUCGGUACGGUGAAAACCACUUGCACUGUAAACUCCUCUGUCGGUAGGACAUCCGAGUUCGGCCACAGUUACAAUGGCAAAGGACAAGAGCGAGAAGAAGGACAAGAAGCGAAAGACCAAGGAGGUAACCGAGACGGUCGAAGAGUCCGUAGUGGUUGGUGAGGAUGUCGAGAUGGACGAUGUAGAGGUUGCAAAGGUGAGCAGAUUGAACCCACAACGCCCGCUCGGAAUUGACUGACACGCUUUAGGUCGAGAAAAAGGUCAAGAAGGAGAAGGAUGAGAUUGUCAUUCCCUUGGAGGACCUGUCGCCAAUAGCACAUCCUCUAGCGCAAAAGAAGCUGCUGAAGAAGUUGCACAAGACUAUCAAGAAGGGUACGAGGCUCUUGCUACUUGCCCGUCUUCCAUGAAUACCGAAUUCAUCUUCCGUCCAGCUUCAAAACAACGACAAGUCAAACGGGGUGUUAAGGAGGUUGUGAAAGGGAUUCGUAAGGGAGAGAAGGGGCUACUGGUCCUUGCCGCGGACAUCAACCCCAUCGACAUUAUCUCACAUUUGCCUGUUCUCGCCGAGGAUGCGAAUGUUCCGUAUGUCUUCAUCACAUCAAAAGAAGAGCUCGGUCACGCCAGUGCUACAAAACGACCGACGAGCUGCGUAAUGGUGUGUCCCGACUCGAAGAAAAAGGCCAAGCGGAAGGAGGGCGAAGAAAGUGAUGAAAAGGACGACGAGUACCGAGAGCUGUACGAGGAGUGCUGUCGAGAAGUUGGAAAACUUGACCAGAAGGUCGUCUUUUGAUUGGGUUGUGUCGCUUCCAUUUGGUCCGGACCUGUGUACUGCUCUGCGCUGUAAUUCAUGCUUCUACGAGUUGUAUCAUUACCUUUUCCUCACCUCUGACCGUGUCUGCGAGCCGGAGCCUCGGGCUGGUAUCCGUUGGACAGAGUUUACGGGUUGUAGCCACGUCACGG